GCUCAGGGUGGGCGGAGCUUUUUAUAAAGGGAAGUGGUACAACAACAACAAUACAGGACAGUAGAACGUUAUUUAGAAAAAUCGUUGGAUCAGAUAGACAUGUAUUUAAAGCCUCACGCGUGUGUUCUGUAACUACCUGAGAUCAAGAGCUCUACAAUGAAGCCUCUAGAUUCGAGUGGCACUUUGUACACUAUGGAGGAGACAAGUCGCGAGGCUGUUGCCACUGCAGUGCAGCGAGUGGCAGGGAUGCUGCAGAGGUCAGACCAGCUAGACAAAGUGGAGCAGUACAGAAGAAGAGAAGCCAGGAAAAAGGCCUCUGUGGAAGCCCGACUGAAGGCCGCCAUCCAGUCCCAGUUGGAUGGCGUUCGCACUGGGCUGACGCAGCUGCACAGUGCCCUGUUGGAUGUCAAAGACAUCCAGAAUUCAUUGGUUGAUGUGAGCAAGGACUGGAGGCAGAGCAUUAACACCAUUGAGAACCUGAAAGACGUCAAGGAUGCAGUAGUUCAACACAGUCAGCUGGCUGCCGCUGUGGAAAACCUCAAAAACAUUUUCUCUGUCCCAGAGAUUGUGGCUGAGACACGGCAGCUGAUUGAGCAGGCGGAGCUGCUGCAAGCUCACAGAAAGCUGAUGGAGCUGGAAUGUUCACGGGAUGACCUCAUGUAUGAACAGUAUCGAAUGGACAGCAAGAACACCAGUGACAUGAACCUCAUCUCCAUCUACUUUGAAGAUGUUCAAGGGUUGUCUGACGAGUUGGCCAAACAGCUAUGGAUGGUCCUGCAGAGGUCCAUGGGAACUGUUCGCCGUGACCCUACCAUGCUGGUGUCAGUGAUUCGUAUAAUUGAACGUGAGGAGAAGAUUGAUCGACGCAUGGUUGACCGUAAGAAGCAAACUGCAUUCAUCCCACCUGGGCGUCCAAAGCGGUGGAAGGACAAGAUGUUCCAGGUUUUGGAAGGUACGGUGAGCACUCGUAUUGAGGGCACCCAGGCAGUGACCAGAGAGGCAGAUAAAAUGUGGCUGGUUCGUCUCCUAGAAAUAACCAGGAAAUAUGUUCUGGAUGACCUUAUUGUGGUCAAGAACCUCAUGGUGCAGUGCUUCCCGCCACACUACAACACUUUCAACAGGUUUUUCAGUCUCUAUCACAAUGCUGUGUCCAGUCGUGUCAAAGAACUGGCUGCUGAGGAUUUGGAGGCUAAUGAAAUAGUGUCCCUGUUAACUUGGGUCCUUAACACAUACAAAAGUGGGGAGAUGAUGGGUCACCCAGAGCUCUGCUCAGAGUGUGACAUCAACCAGCUGGAGCCUCUGCUGCCUAAGGAUGUGGUUGAUGACCUGCUCAGCAAAUAUGUCCAGACCUUUACAUCCAACAUAACCGGAUGGCUGCGCAAGGCUCUGGAAACGGAUAAGAAGGAUUGGCAAAAAGAAACCGAGCCUGAGGCCGACCAAGACGGAUACUUCCAGACCACACUGCCCGCUAUCGUCUUUCAGAUGUUUGAGCAGAACCUGCAAGUUGCUGCACAGAUUGAUGGGGAUUUCAAAGAGCAGGUUCUGAGACUCUGCCUUAAACAGAUGAACUCUUUCCUACUGAGGUACAGAGAGGAGGCUAUGCUCUACAAGGAGGAGCACCUGAAGGACAGACAGCUGCCUCAGUGCUACGUUCAGUACAUGAUCGCCAUCAUUAACAAUUGCCAGACUUUCAAAGAGUCCAUCAACAGUCUGAAGAGGAAGUACUCUCAGUCGUCAGAGCCCACUGACAGUGAUGCUGCCAUAGAGAGGACGCUUAAUGAGGUGGCCAAGGAGGGAUGUCAGUUCCUAUUGGACGAAGUCUUUCUAGAUCUGGAGCAUCACCUGAAUGAGCUGCUGACCAAGAAGUGGCUGACAGGCUCUCAUGCUGUGGACACCAUCUGUGUGACAGUAGAGGACUACUUCAAUGAUUUCAACAAGAUCAAGAAACCUUUCAAUCAGGAGAUGACUAGUGAGGCCCUGCGCAGGGUAGUGAUGGAGUACAUUAAAGCAGUGAUGCAGAAGAGGAUCACCUUUAAGAACGCUGACGAGAGGAAGGAGGGAGCUGAGAGGAUGACUAAAGAGGCUAAACAGUUCAAGUUCCUGUUUCAAAAGCUGGCUGCUGGUGAAGACACAGAGCGACUCUGUGGAGCCAUCACUGCCAUAGCUGAAGUGUUCAAGCUGACAGAUCCCACACUGCUGUUCCUGGAGGUCACCACCCUGGUGUCCAAAUAUCCUGACAUCAGGGAGGAUCACAUUCAGGCUUUGCUGGCAGUACGUGGUGAUGCCAGCAGGGAAAUGCGGCAGAUGAUCAUUGGGACUCUGAGUGAGAACAAAGUAUCUUGCAGUGGGUCCAUGCAGCCCAUUUUCAGAGACAUCGCUGUGCCCACCAUCACCAUGACGACCAUGACUACUAUGACCUCCAUGGCAACUGCAAAACUACUAAAAUAAAGCCAGCUGCCUUGACUUAAUUUUCAUUUUCACCUUCUGACACAUUGGUGUCAGAAGAGUUCUUCUUUUUGCUUUAGCCUAUUGUGUGUUUGCCUCACCUUUUUAUUUACUGUUUAAUUGUCAUCAUCACCCAAAUAAUAAAAUCAUUCAGAAGAUAUACAAGAAA